CUGGCAAAAAAAUCUAUUCUUAAAAUUGCUUCAAGUCGGAGAGGCGUCGAGAGACUUCCAGCGAAAUCCACCAAAUCUCACCGUCGGCGAGCUCCCGCCGCCGGCGUCCGGCGUUCCUUCCACCUGGGGAGUAACCUCCUUCCUCUCCAGGGGCGGAUUCUAUUUGCGCAGGGUCUCCAGAGACCCAAAUCGCAUCCUGCUUCCUACCUCUGUUUCCUACCAAGAAGAUGGCCAGCAGAGGCAAGCUGAUGUGGAAAUCAGAGUCAUCUAUAAGAGGUCUGGGUGCAGAAAAAGGGAAGAAUGCAGAUGAAGAAGUGACAGCAAAAUUCAGAAAGUUGAACCUGGCAGCUGGAGAGGAUGAGAAGCUGAUAAUGUCAGAUGAUGAGGAAGAUGAAGAUGAACCAAAAGUCUUCUCUGUUAUCGGUAAAGUCUUAUCUCCAAGCACUCUUCAAUUGCAGACUAUCAUGGGAGCUAUGAAACCAGCUUCGGGAAAUCCAAAAGGGCUAAGAGCAAGAAUGGUGGGGGAUAACGUAUUCAUUGUGGAUUUCAUGACGGAGGCAGACAAAGAGAGGGCACUAGAUGGAACCCCAUGGCUUGUAGGGCGCCAUGCAGUGCUCUUGAAAGAGUUUGAGAAGAAUCUUAGACCCUUAGAUGUGCGUUUUGAGUCAAUGCAUAUUUGGGUCAGGAUCAUAAACAUACUUUUUAAGUGGAUGAACAAAAAGAAAGGAUGGAAGGUAGCGGGUCUUGCAGGCAAAGUUGAUAAAUUAGAUGUUGACGAAUUUGGCGAUGCUGCAGGUAAAUAUCUUAGAGCAAGAGUGGAAAUCCCAAUUGAGAAACCAUUGAAGAGGUAUAUCACAAUUGAAACUUCAGAAGGUGAUGAAUACUACGAUCUACAAUAUGAGAAGUUGCCUUUCUUCUGCUUCUCAUGUGGCAUUAUGGGGCAUUCUGAAUUAGAAUGUCAAAACCCUUCAGGAAGAGAUGCAGAAGGUAAAUGGGAAUAUGAUAAUUCAAUAAGAGCCCCAGAAGAGAGGAGGAGGAGAAUUCAAUCCUUUGCACAAGCAGCGGCAACUUCAGAUUGGAGUGGAUCUUCAUACCGAAGUGAUUCUCAUUCCAGUUCUAAAGGAAAAUCCACGGAGCAAUCUAAUAGUCAGACCUUUGAGAAGGAAAAAUGUAUCCCAGGAGAAGUGUCGAGCCCUUCGGAGAAAAUGGGCAUAGGUAAGGGUGGAGGUGUCCAAAAUAGCAACACUUGCAUGACUCUUUUUACAAGUCAAGCUCAGGAUAUAAGUGUAACAUGAAGGAAGAGGAAGCCACUGAAAAACAGUAAUAACCGUCAACAACAAUCAGGCACUGUGGCAGAAAAAAAUUGGAUGUUGGAGAAUGAAGGAAACUUAGUGACAGUCCCUGUUCGAGGAAUAGAUGAAUUACCUAGAGAGUCCGGCCCAUCAAACCUUAUGGAGCUGGAACAAAGGGAUGCAGAGGGCGCCAAAAAACAAAAGAUGGAACUCUCCUUAUCAAAUGCACUAUCGGCGGAGGCUGCUUAUGUGGAGCAGCCCCGCCGGUCACAAUGAAAACCUUAUGCUUGAACUGCCGCGGGUGUGGGCAGCCCGAGGCAGUUCAGGAGCUCCGCCUUCUGGUGGAGCAGCAUAGCCCAGAAUUUGCCUUCCUCUCGGAGACAAAGAUGUCUGAAGAAAGAGCAAAGAAUCUGAGAUUUAAAUUGGGGUUUGAUAAUGCGAUAAGUAGUGAAGGGUUAAGUGGAGGACUAGUUCUCAUGUGGAAAAAGGGUAUUAUAGUGAGGGAACAAACCAAAAAUAAUUCUCACAUAGAUGUCACUGUCUUCAGGAGAACUUGGGAGAAGAAUGGAGAUUUACAGGCUUUUAUGGCCAACCACGAAGUCAAAAAAGGAAAGAAUCAUGGUAUUUGCUUCAAUUUCUAAGAUGUGCAAGUGAUUUACCCUGGCUAUGUGCGGGAGACUUUAAUGAAGUAUUAGAAGAAGAGGAGCAUUUUGGCUAUAAGGAGAGAGGGGAAUGGAGAAUGUCUGGAUUUAGAGAGGUAGUCCAAAUGUGUGGCCUCUCAGAUUUAGGCUAUACAGGGCUCCCAUAUACAUGGGACAAUAGACAAGAAGGAGGAAAGAACAUCAAAGUUCGGCUGGCUGGUGAGAAAUUUUUGCAGAAAUAUGGGGUUAUAAAAGUGUUACAUUUGCAAACCACAGAAUCUGAUCAUUGUGCAUUGCUAAUAGAUAUUGACCAACAACAGCAAGGCGAAAAGGUGAAAGCAAAGAAAAUGUUCCGGUAUGAAGACAUGUGGAGGAGAGAGCCGUGCUAUUAUGACAUAAUAAAGAAAUCUUGGUGGUGUAAAGGAGAAGGCCUGCAAGAUUUAAUGAAAUCCCUUUCAUUCAUGAAGGAAUCACUUCAAAGAUGGAGCUUUCAGACUUUUGGAUCAGUUAGAGGCCAGUUAGCACAACUGAGAAGUCAACUAGAGGAAGUAAGAAGAAGGAGCUGGCAGACAGGGCCGUCGUUAGUAGAAAGAAGUUUAAUGGGUCAAAUCUCAGAACUGCUAGCGAGGGAAGAGAUUAUGAUGCGACAACAAUCAAGAGUAGGUUGGCUUUUUGAAGGGGACAGGAAUACAUCAUUUUUUCACUCAAGAUGUAAGGAGAGGGCUAGACAAAACAGGAUCAAAUUCUUGCAGCGGUUAGAUGGAACAAUAUGUUAUAAUCAGAAGGAGAUGGAGGAAGAAACAAAUCAGUUCUUCAUAAAAUUGUUCAGUGCCCAGGACAACCUCUCAACGGAAGAGGUAAUAAACUAUGUACCUACAAAGGUUUCAAAUGAAUUGAAUGACAUGCUUUGCAGGCCAUUCUUGCAGGAUGAGGUUGAGCAGGCAUUAUUUAUGAUGAAGCCAAAUAAAUCUCCCGGUCUUGACGGAUUCACAGCUGGGUUCUACCAAAAUCACUGGGAUAUAUUGAAGCCUAGCAUUUGUGCGGCUGUUCUAAAAUUUCUGAAUGACGGUGAAUUACCAGAAGAGGUCAAUAAAACCAUUCUUGUUCUGAUUCCAAAGGCAACAAAGCAAGCAGCAGAGAGAAUUCAGGAAAUUCUGAACAUCUAUAAUAAAGGCUCGGGACAAUUGGUGAAUAAAUCUAAAUCUGCUAUUUUCUUCAGCUCAAAUAGCACGGAUCAAAUGAAAGAAGAAGUAAUGCAUGCUUUAGACAUCAGAAGAGAAGCGCUUGAAGAGAAGUACCUUGGCCUCCCUACGGCCCUACGAAGAAGUACGACAGGAGCUUUUGAGAAGCUAUGCACAAGAGUAAGCAACAUGGCGGGAACUGGAUUAGAAAAGAGGUUAAGUUCAGCUGGACGAGAGGUGUUUAUUAAAGUGGUCAUGCAAGCAGUGCCACUGUACUCAAUGAGUUGUUUUAAUCUCUCAAAAACAACUUGCAAGAAGUUAACAACAUCAAUGUCGAGAUUUUGGUGGGGAGGAGAUGGAGAUAAGCAGAAAUUGCAUUGGAAGAAAUGGGAUGAAAUUGCCCAACCAAAAGGAGCAGGAGGCAUGGGGUUUAGAAAUCUCCAAUUAUUCAAUUUAGCCAUGUUGGGGAAACAAGGAUGGAGAUUGAUAACAAAACCAGAAUCACUAUGUUCACGUGUAAUGGCUGGGAAAUACUAUCAUGGUACAGAUUUCCUGAAUGCCAAAAAGAAAAAAGGCAGCUCGCAUGUUUGGCAAGCAAUUUUGAAGGGUAGAACAGUACUACAGCUAGGAUUAAUCAAAAGAAUAGGUGAUGGUCUAUCAACCAACAUAUGGAAGGAUCGGUGGAUACCAAGGAUUCCAGGAGGCAAGCCAAUAUUUAAGAGCGAAGAAGUAACUGUGGAGAAAGUUUCAGAGCUCAUUAAUGAUGAUGGAAAAAGUUGGAACAUUCAAAAAUUGAAUAGUAAUCUAUCUCCUAUGGAGGUAAAUGAAAUCCUUAAGAUUCCUUUGGGAAGGUUAGACCAAGACCUAUGGGCUUGGGGUGAAGAAAGACAUGGCAUCUACACUGUAAAAUCAGCCUACAGAGCUUUAGCAAAGCAGUUCAGGGCUGAAAGUCAACAUCAUCAAGGAGUUGCACAAAGUUCAACUAUUGAAGAGAAUAAGUUAUGGAAGAAACUUUGGAACUUGUCAAUUCCCCCCAAGGUAAAAACUUUCUGGUGGCGUGUUAUUAAAGGCUUCAUGCCUGUAAAGGCUAUAUCGAAAAAAAGACACAUCGAAAAAUUAAGUAACUGUGUUGAAUGUGGUGCAAAUGAAGAUACUAUCUUCCAUGCUUUGAUAGAAUGUUCUUAUGCCCGAGUUUUCUGGAAUUUGUUUAAAAAACUUUGUGGCAUUAAGCUUCCCAAACUACAUCACCUAACUUGGGCCCAAGACAUUCUAGAUGAUGAAGUAUGUGCAACGGAAAAGGCGGGAUAUAUUUUGUGUGGCAUGUGGUCAGUGUGGACAUCAUGAAAUAAUAGAAUUCAUGGAGAUUCCUCAACUAAUCUAACUCAAGCUUGCAGGUGGGCGCAUGACAUGGCAUCAGAUCUGAUGUUGAAUGCAAAACCACAAGGAGAAGGAACCAAAACUAAGACCAAGACAUACUGGCAACGUCCACAAGAAGGCUACUAUAAAAUUAAUGUAGACGCAGCCUUCAAUUCAAAGGAUGAAAAAGGAGCUUCAGGGGUAAUAAUCAGAGACGCUGAUGGCACUGUAGUAGCGGCGAGCAGUAAAUGGUAUGAUUCAGUCCCUGAUGUUUUAAUAGCAGAAGCUUUAGCUUGUAGAGAUGGAGCUAAGAUGAUGAAGAUUCUCAAUAUUCGGCAAGGAACAAUGGAGACUGAUUCUCAGGAGCUUGUGUCCUUUUGGAGAUCCAAAAAACAUCAUAGAGCUAGCAUCUUGUCGAUUAUCAAUGAAAUACAAGAGCUGGUAGAAGGAUGUAGUGGUUUUGAUAUUUACCAUGUUAAGAGGGAGGCAAAUAUAGCAGCUCACAAAGUUGCCAAAUUUGCUUCUGAAUCAAAUCCGGAGUGUGCCUAGAUACACCAGGUGCCGGAUAGCAUCCUUCGGUGUACUAGACAAGAUUGUAAUCAUGUUACUAGUUAAUGAUGAAGCUCUUGUUUGA